ACCGCGGGCGCCGGACCAGCUGGGUGGAGAGAACCGAGGCGGCGACCGUGACCGCGCCCGCGAGCCUUCUCUGCCCCAAGGGCGCGUGCUCGGGUGGUCCCCUUCCCGGCACGGACUGGCGGUCGGGCGGGACGGGGCGGGGCCGGGGGCGGAGCGGGGCCGCGGGGCCGGGCGCGCGGGGGUCGCGGCGCCGAGUGGGAGUGCGAGCGUGAGCGCGGCUGCAGCCGGCGGCAUGGCGAGCGCGGCUUUGGAGAUCAUCGCCUUCUUGGUCUCCAUCUCGGGCUGGGUGCUGGUGUCCUCCACGCUGCCCACCGACUACUGGAAGGUGUCCACCAUCGACGGCACGGUCAUCACCACCGCCACCUAUUGGGCUAACCUGUGGAAGACGUGCGUUACCGACUCCACCGGCGUCUCCAACUGCAAGGACUUCCCCUCCAUGCUGGCGCUGGACGGUUAUAUCCAGGCAUGUAGAGGACUUAUGAUUGCCGCUGUCAGCCUGGGCUUUUUUGGUUCCAUAUUUGCCCUCUUUGGAAUGAAGUGCACCAAAGUCGGAGGCUCAGAUAAAGCCAAAGCAAAAAUGGCUUGUUUGGCUGGGAUCGUAUUCAUACUGUCAGGGCUGUGCUCAAUGACAGGUUGUUCACUGUAUGCAAACAAAAUCACAACGGAAUUCUUUGAUCCGCUCUUUAUUGAACAAAAGUAUGAAUUAGGAGCUGCUCUGUUCAUUGGAUGGGCGGGAGCCUCACUCUGCAUAAUUGGUGGUAUCAUAUUUUGCUUUUCAAUAUCUGACAACAACAAAACACCCAGAAUGGGAUACGCAUACAAUGGGGCCACAUCUGUCAUGUCUUCCCGGACAAAGUAUCAUGGCGGAGAAGGAGAUUUUAAAACCACAAACCCUUCAAAACAGUUUGAUAAAAAUGCUUAUGUCUGAAGAGAGCACCUGUACAAGCUGUGUCUUGAGUUUGUUAUAAAAGUGAACUGUUCACAAAAUGAUCCCAUCAAGGUCCUCCAAUAAUUAACACUCGAAGUGUUUUUAAAAGAUGAAUUUGAAGAAUUUUUUGAUUGUAUGGAUGUAAAUGUUCUUACAGUUAUAUACUAAUCAUUUUCUGUUGUGGCUUUCUAUAAAAAAAUAAACAGGUUAUUUACAGGA